GAUGGCGAGGAGCCGGGGAAGAAAAGAAGGGGAAUGGAGGAGCUGCUGGCUGAGAAAAUGGCUGUCGAUAGUGGGUGUGGGGACACUGGAGACUGGGAUGGUCGCUGGAGCCAUGUGAAGAGGUUCCUCGAGCGGCCUGGAACCUUCACACACCCCGAUUUCGAACCAAGCUCUGAAUCACUCCAGUUCUUGUUAGAUACAUGUAAAGUUCUAGUCAUUGGAGCUGGUAGCUUAGGAUGUGAGCUUCUGAAAAAUCUGCCAUUGUCUGGUUUUAGACAGAUUCAUGUUAUAGACAUGGACACUAUAGAUGUUUUCAAUUUAAACAGGCAGUUUUUAUUUAGGCCUAAAGAUGUUGGAAGACCCAAGGCUGAAGUUGCUGCAGAAUUCCUAAACGACAGAGUUCCUAACUGCAACGUGGUUCCACAUUUCAACAAGAUUCAAGAUUUUGAUGAUACUUUCUACCGACAAUUUCAUAUUAUUGUAUGUGGCCUGGACUCUAUCAUAGCCAGAAGAUGGAUCAAUGGAAUGCUGAUAUCUCUUUUAAAUUAUGAAGAUGGUGUGUUGGAUCCCAGCUCCAUUGUACCUUUGAUAGAUGGGGGCACAGAAGGCUUUAAAGGAAAUGCCCGAGUGAUCUUGCCUGGAAUGACUGCUUGUAUUGAGUGUACUCUGGAACUUUACCCACCACAAGUCAAUUUCCCCAUGUGUACCAUUGCAUCUAUGUCCAGGCUCCCAGAACAUUGUAAUGAGUAUGUGAGGAUGCUGCAGUGGCCUAAAGAGCAGCCGUUUGGAGAUGGGGUUUCAUUAGACGGAGAUGACCCUGCCCAUAUUCAGUGGAUUUUCGAGCAUCACAAUAUUAGAGGUGUUACCUACAGACUCACUCAAGGGGUAGUAAAACGAAUCAUUCCUACAGUAGCUUCUACAAAUGCAGUCUUUGCAGCUGUGUGUGCUACUGAGGUUUUCAAGAUAGCUACAAGUGCAUACAUUCCCCGUAAUAACUACUUAGUAUUCAGUGAUAUAGAUGGACUGUACACUUACACAUUUGAAGCAGAGAGAAAGGAAAACUGUCCUGCGUGUAGCCAACUUCCUCAAAACAUUCAAUUUUCCCCAUCAGCUAAACUACAAGAGGUUUUAGACUACCUAACCAAUAGUGCUGCUCUACAAAUGAAGUCUCCAGCUAUCACAACCACAUUAGAGGGGAAAAACAGGACACUUUACUUACAGUCAGUAACAUCUAUUGAAGAACGAACAAGGCUCAAUCUUUCGAAAACAUUAAAAGAACUGGGACUAGUUGAUGGACAAGAACUGGCUGUUGCUGACAUCACUACACCACAGACUGUUCUAUUCAAACUUCAUUUUACUUAGUGAAAAUAAAUCUGCACAUAAUAGAAAAUUCAUAGAAAUAGUAUACUUUAUAAAUGGUAUGGAAUUGAAGAGCCGGGAAGAUGAGGCAGAGUGGAACACCCGAGA